AUGCUUCACACCUCACGACGCGCUUUGGGUUCUUUUGUCCUUAACGCACACGUUGUUCCUGACUGGUGGCAGUCAUUUCAUAGGGAGGAGCUGCACAGGGCGGCUCGUGCCCGCAUCACGCACCUCCGCACACCCAAUGGCGAGAAUGGAAGCGCCAACGCUGCCCCUAUCAGGUUGCCCGAAGCAAACGAAUUAGUCAAGACGUACACACGGAACCACAAUGCAGAGGAUCUCAGUUUUAUGGUGCAGUACAUUCGAGAGACGCUAGAUGAACCACUGAAUUCCUUGCACUACCACUCCCUCUUUCGUGUUUUUAAUUACACACGGGACAAAGAAAAUAUUGAACAGCUUCUGCAAGUUAUUAUAGAACGUGGGGAGGCGAACAUGGAGACUUACGCUCUUGUAAUUGACGCCCUGCACUGCUUGAGCCCCGUAGAUGCACUCGCCCGGAUGAUGCGUAUGAUCGCUGUCACGCAAACAUCAUUUGAAACACUGCGCUCUGACACCGGUUGCCCUUUGUUAACCUCAUUGCUACACCACGUAGCCAACAUGGGUGGGUAUCCAUCCACGGUGGUUUUGCUUGUGGUGCUUUGGAUACGCGCCUUGGGGGCUCAGCUGUGUGAUUGGGACUACGUGCAUGUCUUGGCUACUUUGCUUUCGCGUCCAGAGGAGUUUCCUCGGAUAAGAAGCACCUUGGGUGUUUUCAGCCAGUUUCCCCGAGGCAGUGUGAGCCCAGAGGCCGUUUUUAAGCGAUUGGAGGAUCGUGGGGAGUUAUCACCAGCCUCAAGUCCGCUAAGCACUCUCGUUGAUGCGAUGCGAGAUUCGCUUGUACGAGCAGGCGUGAACCUUGAGGAACCCAUACCGAACUGCGUCAUCAAUACGCGAACCGCUGGUAUCGCAUCCAUGGUGGAAUAUAUUGUAGCUGAUAUGACAUAUGCCGCCGUAAGCGGAAAUUUUAACGGGGACGUGUUGAGUUGUUACCAUGCGCUUGCAUUGCUGUACAGCACCCUUCGGAAUGAUACUGCGGCUGUGGAAACGUUACGGUACGUUGCCUGUGAGAUACGCCGCCGGGAGCGUUCUGUCGACGCUGACGGGGGACGUGCGGCACUGGCGUCGCGGGGGCAAUGUGUGCAUCACCACUACCUGAUGGACAUUGGCAGUGUUCUCAGCCGCGUCAGCAUGCGAACCCUGCAGGGGGCACGAGCGGAUUAUGCCCAUUUGGCACAUAAUGCGACCUCUGAUGUCUCGGAGAACGACGUCGUGGCGGCCGAAAGCUUCGCGAUUCUCUUUGUACGCAGCAAUGAGGAAGCAGAAGAGGCACUACGACAGGCGUCGCAGAGCGUUGACUUGUCCUACCACCGAACACGACUUCCUACAAAGCUGCUAUUUCGACGCUUUGUCGAGCUUUGCGCCCGUCACCCAAAGAAGAACUGUAAGUUGACACCGAUCGGUUUGGAGGAGCGGCGUAAGUGGGGCAGAUACCUUGACGCGCGCGAUGCCUCACUUGCCCUCUUUGGUUCGGCAAAACAGGCGCGUGAUUCCAUGAAGCACUUGUUCUACAACGACAACAAAAUGCCGGAGCUGCGUAGCCCCGCGAUGAUAGAGCGAGACAUGAAUGACACGGCAGCCCUGUUCAACUGGAAGCGAGCCCCAACCAUCGCAUCGCUGCGGGUGCGCUCCUCACUUCCGCAUGUGGGCUGCCCAGUGGACCCUGUGCCCCGGCACCUGUGGGAUCCGGAGGUGUACAACCCUUAUCCACAGGUAAUGCUGCAGAUAAGCCCUAUGGACGAUGAAUGCGUUACUCACGACGUGUUUCAGGACGUGUGGCGUGUUCUCAUGAAUCCCUCGGUCGUUGGAACCGACCAGUGGUACUUGCGUGACUCAGAAAUGUAUCUGUUGCUGUUGCGGUGCCUCAUUCAUAGGCUGGAUUGGGAGGCGGCGGUUCACCUUACACUCAAGACCAUGGAAAACCUGACCUACACCUACAUGAUGGAUCAUGAGGUGACGUUAAUGUUCAAGGAAAUCGGUGACCCUGCUGGGUGCUUGGCGUUUAAGGUGGCAACCAAACUCUUUGAUGGGCGUAUCCUCAAGGACGGCCAAAGCAAGCGGGACAAGUUUCACCAGGAACAGUUCGGUGAGAUGUGA